GCAUCUACGCACAAAAUUUCUCUUCUUGUUUGCUCUACACAUUCAGAUACCCGGUUUGUUUCUGCGCACUGCGUGCCCCUCGCCACACAUCAUGUUUGGCGCAGUGAGAAGAUGCCCGGCCACUCUCUCGAGGAGCCUGGCAGCCAUCUCCACCAGGACCCUUCGCACACCCCUCACUUACACGCCAGGCCUCCUGCGGAUACCGCUGCAGUCGUCGCGCCUCGCGAAUGCGGCCAUCUCGGGCUUCCACCACAGCGCAAAGUGGCAGCAGGCCGUGGCACAAGAGGCCGAACAGAGCGCACCACAACAUGAACUUAUUACAGAGUUCAAAGACCUCGCUACGCGGGGACUUGUCCACCCCAAUCUCAUCAACACCAUUACCAAGCAGAUGAGGCUCAAGACCAUGACGGACGUGCAGAGCAGGACCAUCAACGAGGCUUUGAGCGGAGUAGACGUCAUUGCACAAGCAAAGACUGGUACUGGUAAGACGCUGGGUUUCCUCAUCCCCGUCAUCCAGCGUAUCAUCCAAAACGACCCACAACUCGGCGAAAGGGUCAGAGGCUACAAGCGCGCCCGGCCCGACGACAUCAGGGCCAUUAUCAUUUCUCCCACGCGAGAACUGGCCGAGCAGAUUGCCGUCGAAGCCAAGAAAGUCACCGCGGGGACUGGCAUCAUUGUCCAGACUGCCGUCGGAGGCACACAGAAGAGGCUCAUGCUCCAGAAGACUCAGCGUGAAGGAUGCCAUCUCUUGAUCGGCACUCCCGGCCGACUGUACGACAUCCUCUCGGAUGAGUACUCUCGCGUCAAGGCGCCAAAUCUAAACGCGCUCGUCAUGGACGAGGCCGACCGCCUGCUCGACGAGGGUUUCCAGAAGGAGAUUGAUGAGAUCAGGACGCUUCUUCCUGACCCAACCGAGACGGAGCGCCAGAACCUCAUGUUCUCGGCUACUAUUCCUCGCAAUGUCGUGCACCUGGUUCGUCAGACUCUGCGCCCCAACUUCCACUUUGCCAAGUGCGUCAACGAAGACGAGGCACCCACCCACCAGCGAAUUCCCCAGAACAUGGCUCUGGUGUCUGGUUUUGAGAACAGAAUUCCCGCUCUCUACGAGCUCGUGCUCAAGCAGCACCAAAAGUCCCAGGCUGGUGAAGGCCGCCCUUUCAAGGCCAUUGCCUAUUUCAAUAGCACCGCCGAAGUCACGCUCGCUGCCUCUGUAUUCUACAAGCUUGGCGGUGGCUUCAAGCGCAGCAAUGCUCUCUCGGGUCUCCGUUGCUUCGAGAUUCACGCCAAGCUGACUCAAGGACAGCGCACAAGGGCUGCAGACGACUUCCGCUUCGCCAAGUCGGGCAUUCUGUUCUCGUCUGAUGUGACGGCCCGCGGUAUGGACUUCCCAGAUGUCACUCACGUCAUUCAAAUGGGUCUCCCGCGUGACCGUGAGUCGUACAUUCACCGUCUUGGACGUACUGGUCGUGCGGGCAAGGAGGGUGAGGGCUGGUUGAUUGUUACUCCAUUUGAGAGGCAAGAAGUCCACCGCCGUCUUCGCGACCUGCCUCUCACGGACGUGACGCACGAGCUGGAGACUGCAGCCAUCGACAUGAGCCAGCCUACUGAGGUACCAGAGGACAUUGCCAAGAUCCUGUCGGACAGCUUGGAGGCGCACAAGAAGGUAUACCCCGACCAUCUUGAUGCAGCAUUCCGCGGUCUCUUUGGAAGCUUCCAGUGGUAUGGUGACAAGCGUGAGUUGAUUGAGGGCGCCAACCGUUUGGCAGAGUUUGGCUGGGGUAUGGAGACGCCACCCCCGCCGCCAUCUUCUGUGACAUCUCAGCUUGGCCGACGAAGUGUUAGUGGUGGUGGCGGUGGCGGUGGCGGAUUUGGCGGCAGACAAGGAUUCGGGGGUAGAUCGGGUGGCUAUGGCGGUGACCGAAGAGGUGGAGGUGGAGGUGGAGGCUUCGGUGGUGACAGGAGGAGUGGAGGCUUCGGUGGUGACAGGAGGGCUGGUGGCUUUGGCGGUGACAGGAGGGCUGGUGGUUUUGGUGGUGACAGGCGAGGAGGUGGCUUCGGUGACCGAGGUGGUGGCUUUGGCGACAGGAGAGGCGGCGGUGGCUUCGGUGACAGGCGAGGAGGAGGAGGUGGUGGUGGAUUUGGUGACAGGCGAGGCGGCGGUGGAUUUGGUGGAGACAGGCGAGGAGGGGGAGGUGGUGGUGGAGGUGGCUUUGGUGACCGCACCCCACGGGAACCUCGACUCAACUUUUAAGGAAGGCGGCGUGUAAGCUGUGUUUUCUUGAUGAAGUUACGGUCUACGCCCCUCUUUUCUUUUGUUCGUCAUCAUCCUGUAUUAUAUAUUGUAUACCCGCGAACC